UAGUGAACACAUGAUGGAGUCUGAAUGCAGCGGACAUAUAGAAACUAAUCACACUGAAAUGGAAACAGAGAUGAGCUCGGACCCUGAGAACGGUCAAACCGGUGAUACUAAACAGGACAUCUCCAGCACUAAUGAAAACGCAGAUGCUCCUUUUAAGAAACCGGACAUUUUUGUUGCUCCAUCUCUCACUGUGAAGAAAUCAGGAGGAUUGCACUCAACCAAGAAACUCACAGAGGAAAUAAGCAGCAGCAUAUCAGAGAAUAAAGGCACGGAUCGUGUUACUAAACACCAGCAACUAUCUGCAAAACCCACAGACACUCUAACAGACCCGUGCGAUCAUCCAUCGUCCGAGAAAUCAGAGGCACAGAAGGUCCAGCCCAAACCAAAAGACAUCCGGCCUAAGAUCCCUGCCAAACUACCCCCGGCGGGUCAUUUUCCUCCGCUCCCGUACACCGAGCCCCCGUGGGGAUCUGUUCCUAACAUCAGCUACUCGUUUGAGCUGCUGAAAAACGGGGCGAUCCUAGAUACGGUCCCGCUGACCCAGAGAAGUUACUUUGUGGUGGGUCGGUUGCCGGUGUGUGAUGUGUCUCUGGAGCAUCCGUCCAUCUCCCGCUAUCACGCCGUGGUGCAGUACCGGGGCAGAGCUGGGCAGGACGGGGUCGUAGGAGAGGAGAAGGGCUUCUAUGCCUAUGAUCUGGGCAGCACUCAUGGGACUUUUGUGAAUAAGAACAAAAUACCACCUAAAAGUUACAUAAGGCUACGAGUGGGACAUGUUCUGAAGUUUGGAGGAAGCACGAGACUCUUUAUUUUGCAGGGUCCAGAGUUUGACGAAGAAGCGGAAUCUGACCUGACGGUGACAGAGCUCAGAGAGCGUGCUAGAAAACAGAGAGAAGAGCUGGAGAAGAGGAUGAUGGGUGAUGGCUCAGAUGAGGAAGAAGAGAAAGAGGACAGCGAAGCCAGUGCUUCAAGGAGAAGCUCCUCAGAAGAGACUGGCUGCUCUUGGGGAAUGGCUGAAGAGGCAAUGCCAGAAGAGGAUGAGAAUGAGGAGAAUCCGUUUGCCACAGAAUUUCAGGAGGAUCAGGAAGCAGCAUACUUAAAAGACCCUAAAAAGGCAUUACAGGGCUUUUAUGACAGAGAAGGAGAAGAACUAGAGUUUGAGUAUGAAGAAAAAGGCCAUGGUUCCUGGCUCUGCAGAAUUAAGUUGCCGGUGGAUGAUGCUAUGGGCAGGCAGCUGGUGGCUGAAGUGACCCACACAGGAAAAAAGAAAGAAGCGGCCGUCCAGUGCUGCUUAGAGGCCUGCCGCAUCCUGGAGGCCCGUGGUCUUCUGAGACAGGAGGCAGUGUCCCGCAAACGCAAGAAGAAGAACUGGGAAGAUGAAGAUUUUUAUGACAGUGAUGAUGACACGUUCCUUGACCGGACAGGUGCAGUGGAGAAGAAGCGCACUGAACGCAUGAAGAAGGCUGGAAAGAUUCAGGAGCGUCCUGAUACAUAUGAAUCACUGCUAGCCAAACUGGCUGAGGUGGAAAAGGAGCUGGCUGACGCUGAGAAAAGGCUCAGUUCUUCUGAGAAAGGAGUCUCCAGUUCUUCCACCGAGGACCCUCUGGAUGCUUUCAUGAGCGCCGUACGGAGCGAGGCCGCUCUGGAUGGGGUGGAGAGAAAGAAGCUACAUUUACAUGUAGCCGAGUUGAAGAAGGAAGGUCAUAGACUGCGCAAGCUAGCAGACCUGGCCAAACCCACCCAGCUGCCCUCAUUACAGGCCAGCAGUCAGGACACUGAGAAACCUAAGAAGUUAUCUCUGCCUUUGUUUGGAGCCAUGAAAGGAGGGAGUAAAUUCAAACUGAAGACUGGAACUAUAGGAACGUUACCCCCAAAGCGAACCAAUCUGCCUCCUGAGCUCUUCAACAUGAAAGAAAUGCCCCCUGGUGGUGAGGAAGAGAAAGAAGAACAAGAGGAGGAGGAGGAGGAGGAGGAGGAAAAAAACAAGAAAACAGAGGAUGCGGCCACAGAUGGGGAUAUGGAGGUUGUUCAGUCUGUAGAGACGACCAGCUCAGAGCACUCCAGUGCAGACAGAGCUGAAACUCAGACACACCGCCCUAAUGCCAAAGGAGACCACGAGGACCAGCCUGCUAAGAUAGUUGCAUCUCGUGAAAAACUGAAAUUCAAGUCUCCCCAUCUUCAAGACAAAAGUGCCUCUCCUCCAAAAGAAGAAUAUGACAGCAGUGUCUCAAAUGUCCAGAGUCCAAAGACAAAUACAAAGAAGAAAGUUAUUGGCCCAAGCAGGCCUCCUGUGACCAUGUCUAAGCAGUACCCAGAAUCCAUUUGA